AUGAACUCUCGAUCACCGCUGCUACAAUCAUCAUCCCAACGAAUAGCCUCAAAAAGCGGUCAUUAUCUUGGAUCAUCAUCAACACUGACGAAUCCGACGUUUUCAUCAAGUGCAAGAUAUAAUCAGACCAUUGCGGAGAGGAAUGAUGCUUUGAAAAGAAACCCUAGUGCCGUAUCGGGGAAGAAGAAGAAGGUCAAAAAGCCAACAAGACAACCAUCGCCGUUGUUACGGAACAUUCUCAACUCGGGUACAGUAAAUAGCCACAGAAACACAUACGGAACAACGCCUUCAUCCUCAAACUUACCAAAUCGAGCACAAUCAGCUCCUUCCCAAACAUUUUCAUUAUCUCAAUCAAGACUCUCUAAUCAACAACAAUAUGUAGAACAAUUGAAAAAAUUCGAAUCAUUAUUCAACAAAUAUCAGCUCUUGUAUAAUCAGCAAAAAAGUAAGACCAACAGCAUGGAAAAGAAGAUUGCCUCGCUUCAAGAGAAAAUGAUGGAAAUGGAUUUACAAAUGACAGCUCAAUCAAAGAAGUGUGGAUCUCUAAAAAAUCGAAUGGAUUCUUUGGAAGGAAGCGUCAGUAACCAAAAGAAGACUUUGGAGGAACUUUUCACGCUGCACGAAACUAAGCUCAAGAUCUUCGAGGAUCGACUCGCAGAAUUGAAAGAUAUUCAAGCAAGAUACCGCAAAAAAACGGCUUACCUACAAAAGAAAUUUAAGGAGUUUUCAAAACGAAAACCUGAAGAUAAUGAUGAGCCAGGUGAAAUACCUGCAAACAAGGAUGACUCAAGGACCCAUAUCGAUGAGUUGUUAUAUUUUGGCACCUUACACCUUACACUUAGUGUCAGUGCUGUUUUCAUUUGA